CGUUCAGGUCCUCCGUCGAGGGCCUUCGACGCGGAUAUGUUGCCCCUUCUCGGCGCGGCGGCCGGCGUUAUCCACGUCUCGUCGCCGGCGUCGCGCGUCGCGCCGCCGCCCGUGCGGAGCGCCGUCCGGCUCGCGAUCGUUGAGACGCCACCGCCAGCGGGCUUUGUGUGGGCAGACCUCGACGACGGCGCUGCUGCCACUCCGGCUGCCUCCGCACCGGCUGCCUCCGCACCGGCUGCCUCCGCACCGGCUGCCUCCGCACCGGCUGCCUCCGCACCGGCUGCCUCCGCACCGGCUGCCUCCGCGCCCGCCUCGGCGGCUGAUUCCGCGCCCGCCUCGAUCUCGCCCAUCGGCACGCCCUUCUCCGUCGGGCCUCCGGGUCCGACCUGGAGCGGGCCCACGGGCACCUCGUUCCUUCCCGAGGAGACGGUUGUGCGCGCCGAGGACGGCAACCCGAUCGAGAAGGCCAAGCUGGCCAAGGACGCGACGGCCGCCUUCAACGACGUCUACACCUUCGCCGCUGCCGUGCGCGCGGGCGAGAUGGACUGGGAGGACGUCGAGAAGAUGGACAUGAACACGCGGCUCAAGUGGGUCGGGCUGGUGCACCGCGACAAGCGGACGCCCGGCCGCUUCAUGAUGCGGCUGCGGCUGCCCAACGGGGUGACGAACGCCGACUCGUUCCGCUUCUACGCGGACAGCGUCGAGCCGCACGGGCCCGACCUCGGCGUGAUCGACAUCACGACGCGGCAAAACAUCCAGCUGCGCGGUGUGCAGCUCGAGCAGGCGGACGAGAUCAUCGACGGCCUGCACGCGCGCGGGCAGACGUCCUUCCACUCGGCGCUCGACAACGUGCGCAACAUGGUCGGCUCGCCGCUCGCGGGCAUCGACUGCCUCGAGAUGGUGGACACGCGCCCGUUUUGCGAGGCGCUCAACGACCUGAUCACGCUCAACCAGGAGACGGGCGAGCGGGGCAACCCGGUCUGGAGCAACAUGCCCCGCAAGUUCAACGUCGCCGUCUCGGGCAGCAGGGACGACUUUGCGCACACGCACAUCAACGACAUCGGCUUCCAGCCCUGCGUCCACGCCACGAGCGGCGAGGUCGGCUUCAACAUCGUGCUGGGCGGCUACAUGUCGACCAAGCGGGUCGCCGAGUCGGUCGACAUGGACCUGUGGAUGCCGGCCGACGUGGCCACGGCCGUCGAGCUGACGACGGCGAUUCUGCGCGUCUUCCGCGACGAGGGCGACCGCAAGGACCGGCAGAAGGGGCGGCUCAUGUGGCUCGUCGAGAGCUACGGCGAGAUGCGCUCGUACGGGCGCGGGCUCGAGGCGAAGUGCGACGUGCAGCAGCCGCGGCCGACGGAGCCAUUCGAGCGGGCGGCGGCGCCCGGCACCGCCUACCUCGGCGUGCACCCGCAGCCGCAGGAGGGGCUCAAGCGCGUGGGCAUCCACGUGCCCGUCGGCCGGCUGUCGGUGGCAGAGGCGCGCGCCAUCGCCGACUUGGCCGACAAGUACGUGCCCGAUGGCGAGAUCCGGCUGACGGUCGAGCAGAACGUGAUCCUGCCAAACGUCAAGGAGGAGGACGUGCCCGCCCUCCUCGCCGAGCCGGCCCUGCACGGCGACUCGCGGCUGCGCGUCUCUCCGGGCAACAUCGUCGGCAACCUGGUGAGCUGCACCGGCGCGCAGUUCUGCGGGCUCGCGAUGAUCGAGACGAAGAACAACGCCGAGGCGAUCGCCAAGGAGGUGCAGCAGCGCGUCGACGUCUCUCGCGACGUGCGCAUCCACUGGACGGGCUGCCCGAACUCGUGCGGCCAGGUGCAGGCCGCCGACAUCGGCCUGAUGGGCGGGCCGGCCAAGAAGGCCGACCCGGAGACGGGCAAGCUCAAGGCGGUGCCGGGCGUCAAGGUCUUCCUCGGCGGCACCAUCGGCGAGCACGGCGAGCUGCAGCUCGAGGCGGAGCCCGAGGGCAUCCCGAUCGAGGACCUCGUCCCGCACCUCGUCGAGACGGUGGUGGAGCGCUUCGGCGGCGAGGUCAGGCCCGAGUUUGCGGGCGAGCACGACGCUUGGCGAGAGGAGCAGGCGAGGGUCAAGGCGGAGGCGGCCGCGGCCGCGGCGGCCAAGGCGGCCAAGAAGGCGGCGGCCGCCGCCGCCAAGAAGGCGGAGGCGGAGGCGGCGGCGGCGGCGGCGGCCUAG